AUGACUACAAUCAAUGCUAUCAAGUUGCCUGCCUUUUAUUCCGUACCUGUCCUACCUGCAAACGUAUCAAGUGGAUUCCUCGCGGCUCUUCUUUUACUCAUGGGCGUUUUGCUCCUCCAACUCCUAUACCAGAUCAUCUACUACCGCUUCUUCCAUGAGCUGCGUCACGUUCCCGGUCCAUUCUGGGCCAGUGUCACCAGGCUCUGGACUACAUGGCACUUCCUCCGUGGGACCCAGCUUGAAGCCGAAUGGAAUGCCGUCAAGAAAUAUGGCCCCAUAGUCCGACUGACGCCCAAAAUGCUGUUACUAGCAGACGCCACUGCCAUCCCAACAGUCUACCACCGCCGAGACACAAAGAGCCGGUUCUACAUCCCCAGCCUCGUCAAAACACCCUUUUCCAUCGUGCUCCGCCACCCAGGCGAGCACUCCGCACACAGACGUCUAGUAUCCGCCCCCUACGCCAUGACCAACAUCCUACGCAUGGAGCCCCUAAGCACCAAGCACAUCGAAGAGUUCAUCACAAAGCUCGACACCUGCUUCGCAACGCCACACAGGAAACUCAACUUCACCGACUGGGGCGUCUAUCUCUUCUCCGACACCAUCUCCGACCUGGCCUACCGCAGCUCCCAGGGCAUGGUCGCAGCCGGACGCGACGUCGGCAAGAUAAUGAAGCACGUUACUGUGGGCACCUAUGCCUUCGUCGUCCUGGGCAGCAUCUACCCGCUCGUCGAGUGGAUCACCAGCUCCCCGCUGCGCAGGUUCAUUGUCCUCCGACCCGAGCAGACCAACGGCUGGGGACGCGGCAUGCGCAAGGCGGACGAUGUGCUCCAGGAGCGCAGGGACGGUCUGGCCAGGGGCGUAAUCACGAAGGCGGAGCGCGGCGACGGCGCGUACGACUUUCUGCAGGCCUUCCUAGACGCCCGCACCCCCGAGGGCGCACCCAUCCACCCGGACAAGAUCCAAAGCGAGAUCUUCACGAUCCUCGGCGCCGGUCCCGAAGCGUUCCAGGCGAUCCUCUCCGCAUUAUUCACCGAAGUCCUCUCCAACCCACUUAUCCGGUCCAAGCUCAACGCCGAAAUCAACGCCGCCCUGCAGUCCGGUAAACUGACACGCCCCGUGCCCGCAUACAACGAGGUCGCUAUGCACCUCCCGUACUUUGUCGCCUGCCUGCGUGAGGCCAUGCGCCUGCAUCCACCGCCUGCUCUUCCCCUCCCGCGCGAGCACACGGCUCAGGACCCAGAGGUAGUUCUAAACGGCCGCGUUAUACCACCGGGCACUGAGCUAGCGUGUAAUCCGUGGAUUAGCCACCGGGACCGCGAAGUAUACGGGGACGAUGCGGAGGCGUAUGUGCCGGAGCGGUGGCUGGGCGACGAAGAGCGGGCGAGGCUGUUCGAGAGGUAUAACCUGAUGUGGGGAUAUGGGGCACGGGUUUGUCUCGGGAAGCACUAUGCCACUAUGAUGCUGUAUAAGGUUCCUGUUGCGCUGUUUAUGGCGUUUGACGUCGCGUUGUGCGACGUUACGCCUGCUACGCCGCGAGCCAGUUUUAGACCGCAUGGUCCGGCUCUGCUUUGGGAGAAUGUAUGGCUCAUUUUGCGGGGGCGGCGGGCCUGGGAUGCUGAGGGUGAGGGUGAGGGUGAGGUGGCUUGA